AUGGAGAGAGCCAGACGGCCUCGGGUUGAUGGGUUACAAGAGGAGACGGAACACGCUGGGCCGUCUUCCCAAGGCUCGUCCUUCAACAGUUACAGCUCUGCGAACCAAUUCAAUGCUCCUGACGGUACUAUCAACAACAGCACAGGCCCUGGCAACCACCUCACUGGGUCUACCUUUAACGGGCCUGUGUAUUUUGGCACAAAGGAACACUUUGAUCCGUUACAAGAAUGCGGAAGAUCGCUGGCUUUUCCAGAAAUAGACAGUCGGUCCAACGAUAUCGAUGCCGCCGCUAAAGGAACGUGUGAGUGGCUGCUUCUGCACAAAACAUACAAAAGCUGGACCUCUUGUGAUCGAGGUCUGCUCUGGAUUAAGGGGAAGCCCGGCUCUGGGAAGUCGACGCUGCUGCGAUACGUUCUAAAUAAUGUUAUGGCAAUACCCAACAUCAGAGAGAGCGCCUUAAUCCUCUCAUUCUUCUUUCAUGGUCGCGGUACCGAACUCCAGAGGACACCGUUCGGUCUCUUCAGGUCGCUCCUUCACCAGUUCCUACGCUAUGUCCCUGAGGCACUAACAGACUUUGUGGCCGCCUUCCAACAACGGUGCGAAACUGUUGGCAAGCCGGGUGAAAAGUGGCAGUGGCAUCCGCACGAGCUGCAGCGCCGCUUCGAGUCAUCGCUUCUGAACGUCUUGAAGACUCGCCCACUCUGGUUGUUCGUCGACGCGUUAGACGAAUGUGGCGAAGAGAACGCGAGAAAGUUAGUCAAAGAGUUCAAGUCGUUACUCGAGACGGCCCCAUCCAUCGAGUUGAAAAAGUUCCGCAUCUGCUUUACUUGUCGUCACUACCCGAUUCUGGCCCUGGAUGGUGUGUUCGAAAUAUGGGUAGAAAAAGAAAACAGCAAGGAUAUAUCGACUUUCGUGCAAGCUGAGCUCUCUUCGUUCCGUGAACGGACAUCAUCGACGAUUCCGGACUUAAUCAUGAAACGCGCCAACGGCGUUUUCCUGUGGGCGAGGCUUGUGGUGAAGCGAAUUCUGGAUCUUGAGCUGGAGGGUGCAGGAUUGAAGCAAAUUGAGGCCGUCAUCCUUUCGGUCCCCCAAGAGCUCGAUGCCUUAUACCGCCAACUCAUCCAAAGCAUGAGCCCGGACUCGCUGAAACUCAUCCAGUGGAUCUGCUUUGCCACGCGGCCUUUAUCACUGGAGGAAUUGCGAUGGGCUAUGCUUGUCGAGGCCGAUUGCCCACACCGGUCAUUGUUUGAAUGCCAGAACGCGGGAGAUUACCCAUCCGAUGACGACCGGAUGAAGAGGCGAGUUCAGACCCUCAGCUGCGGUCUUGCCGAGGUCACGUCUCCAGUCCAUCAAGGACUUUUUCGUCGAGAAGGGUCUAUCGGCUCUGGACGAAUCCAGUUCAUCCACCAGUCCGUCAAGGACUUUUUCGUCGAGAAGGGCUUGUCAGCUCUGGACGGGAGCCUGAGCAUACGCCCGUCAACAGCCAUCUGGCUCGUGACCGCGGUUUUCCUGCACUACUUCCCGAGAAGGCUCCUGUCGAGUCAUGCUUUCCAUUUCCCUAUUGUCUUCGCCAUCUCAGCUUUCUGGCGACACGGUGUGUUGGCCGGGACCGCCAAACCUGAUGUUGUCGUCGGAAUCGCACACCAUCGGCUUUCUAAGAUCUGCCUACGCUACUUGGCGAUGGAGGAGAUUAGUCGGUUAGCAAGUCAUAAACGUGACAGCAUAAUAUCCGAGUUUCCUUUCCUGCAUUACGCCACGGCUUCGUGGGUGGCACACACGAAGCAAAGUCAUGUUAGAGGUGUCCUUCAAGAGGAUCUGCUGGAAUGCUUCACCUGGCCUUCAAACACUCUUAUGGAACGAUGGGUGUGUGUUUAUAGGAUACUAGAGCAAUAUUCUCGUGACUGUCCGCUGGAAGGGACCAGUCUGGUUCACGUUAUGUCGAGGUAUGGAGUGGCAGGGGCGUUAUGGGCCAUUUUGAAAAGGGCGGACCAAGUUGGCAUUAAUAUCGAUGCCAGAGAUUCGGAUGGCCGGACGCCGUUGUCGUGGGCCGCCGAGGGAGGGCACGAGGCCGUCGUGCGGCUGCUCCUCGACCGGGGCGCCCACACCGAGGUGCCGGAUAAGGAGAGCCGGACGCCGCUAUGGAGGGCCGCCGAGAAGGGGCACGAGGCCGUCGUGCGGCUGCUCCUCGACCGGGGCGCCCACACCGAGGUGCCGGAUAAGGAGAGCCGGACGCCGCUAUGGAGGGCCGCCGAGAAGGGGCACGAGGCCGUCGCGCGGCUGCUCCUCGACCGGGGCGCCCACACCGAGGCGGCGGACAAGGGGGGUUGGACGCCGCUGUUGUGGGCCGCUGCGAUGGGGCGCAGGGCCGUCGUGCGGCUGCUCCUCGACCGGGGCGCCCACCUCGAGGCGGCGGACCUGGAAGGCCGGACGCCGCUGUUGUGGGCUGCCGAGAAGGGGCACGAGGCCGUCGUGCGGCUGCUCCUUGACCGGGACGCCCACGCCGAGGCGGCGGAAAUGGACGGCCGGACGCCGCUGUGGUGGGCCGCCGCGGGUGGGCACGAGGCCAUUGUGCGGCUGCUCCUCGACCGGAGCGCCCACACCGAGGCGGCGGACCUGAAAGGCCAGACGCCGCUGUUGUGGGCCGCCGAGAAGGGGCACGAGGCCGUCGCGCGGCUUCUCCUCGACCGGGACGCCCACACCGAGGCGGCGGACGUGGACGGCCGGACGCCGCUGUGGUGGGCCGCCGCGGGUGGGCACGAGGCCGUCGUGCAGCUGCUCCUCGACCGGGGCGCCCACACCGAGGCGGCGGACAAGGGGGGUUGGACGCCGCUGUUGUGGGCCGCUGCGAUGGGGCGCAGGGCCGUCGUGCGGCUGCUCCUCGACCGGGGCGCCCACAUCGAGGCGGCGGACAAGGGGGGCCGGACGACGCUGUUGUGGGCUGCCGAGAACGGGCACGAGGCCGUCGUGCGGCUGCUCCUCGAUCGGGGCGCCUAG